AUGGGAUUUUCAACGCGCCUCAGCCGGCCAAAGCCGGACACCUUUAAGCUCGGCGGCCAAGAAUUCCCUAAUGUUACGUGGUAUAAACGCAAGAAUCUACGCAUGCUCUAUCUCUUGCUUACAAUUCCUCUGAUUGGAUCGUGGGCAGAGGGCUACGACGGUAGUAUGAUGAAUGCGUUGCAAACAAGCACAGAGUGGCAGAAUUUCUUCAACCACCCUCGUGGCUCGCUUCUCGCAUUUUACAACUUGUCUUUUGCAAUCGGAGCCCUGCUUGCUGUUUUCCCUUUUCCAUGGGGGGCAUAUUUUGCCGACAAGAUUGGCCGCCGUUGGGGGACAGUUUGUGGUAAUAUCGUGACUAUCAUUGGCACCGUUUUGCAAACUUCGGCGCAGAAUUUUCCUAUGUUUGUUAUUGCUCGAAUUCUGCUUGGCAUGGGAGUCACCAUUUCUCAAGGCAAUUGUCCUCUUCUAAUCACAGAAUUGGCACAUACACAACACCGUGCCCACAUAACCGCCAUGUAUAACUCCAAUUGGUAUUUCGGCAGUAUUAUUGCUGCUUGGGUCACCUUUGGCACAAUAAACAUCAAUUCGUCUUGGGCAUGGAGAAUUCCUUCCCUCUUACAAGGUGUGGCUGCAGGCCUCCAGAUUUCCCUCAUUUGGUUUGUGCCGGAGUCACCGCGAUGGUUAAUCGACAAGGACCGAUUUGACGAAGCUCUUGAGAUUCUCAAGUACUACCAUGGCGAAGGAGUAAUGACCGAUUUUGUUGCAGCGGAAUACUUAGAGAUUAAAGAAACUCUUGCCCUCGAGAAAGAGUAUAGCAACCGUGGCUGGUCUGAGCUCUUUCGCACGCCGGGUAACCGAAAGAGGGCUCUUAUCUGCUAUCUUCAGGGAUUCUUCUCUCAAUGGUGCGGCAAUGGGCUCAUCAGCUACUACCUCGUUCCGGUACUCGAGACGAUUGGUAUUCAAGGCAGCAGCGAGCAAGCUGGUUUGAAUGGUGGCCUUCAAAUUUGGAACUACAUUGUCGCUCUUUGGGCCGCUUUCAACAUCGACCGCAUCGGGCGUCGGCCAAUGGCGCUCGUGAGCACCGGGUCAAUGAUUAUUAUCUUCACCUUAUGGACUGUGUUUUCAGCCAUUUAUGCCCAGAAUCAAAAUGAAGGCAUGGCCAAGGGGGUUAUAGUUAUGAUAUUUCUUUUCUACACUGCAUUCAACUGUGGGUGGCAAGGUCUUGUCAUUGCGUAUCCCGUUGAAAUUUUGCCGUAUGAGCUACGCGCCAAAGGGCUUCAGCUAACAUUUUUCGGCAUCUCCACAAACGUUGUGAAUCAAUACGUGAAUCCGGUCGGCAUACAAAACGAGGGUUGGAAGUUUUACAUUUUUUACAUUCUUUGGCUUUGCGUUACCUUCACGGUGGUUUACUUCCUCUGGGUAGAAACAAAGGGCGUCCCGUUGGAGGAAAUUGCCAAAUUGUUUGACGGUGAAGACGCCAAUGUUGGUGGUAAUGCGAAAACAAGCCGUGCUAUGGACCACCUUCGCGAUAUGAAGGAGAGGGGUUUGACUGCAGAGACAGAACUCACUGUUGAAGGCAAGGACACAGAAGGGGGGGGAGUCACAAGGCAUGUUGAGGAGAAUCAUGUCAACUAA